AUGAAAACAAAUGAAAAAGAUGAAAUACUGUUGUGUAAAUUAUAAACUGAUAUUGUUCAUAAAGAAAAGCUGAUUCAAUAAAAUCAAGUACCAAUCAUCAUUAAUCAUAGGAAAAUCAUGUUAUCACAAGCAUCUACCUCAGUGAACAACAAACACAAAUCCCUUCAUUUUAAGCAUCUCAAAAUGACUUCCAAAUCACAUGUAUGAAAUUGUUAAUAUAUUCUAUAGUAAGUUAAUAAGAAAAAAUUGAUGCUUAAUUAGAAAAUAAUAAGAAGUUCUAAGAACAAUCUUUGUCGAAUAUUGAUGAUCUAUUAUCAAAAUCUAAUUAGGUAAAAAGCAAUACGAAAUUGCAUAAAUCGUCGUCGUUCUCUCAAAUAUAUCCUUUCAUGGAUGAUAAUUUGACUUGCACUUCUCAAAACUCAUCUUUGUAUAUGAAUAUAAUAAUUUUCAGUAUAUCAUUAGAAAAACAAAAAUGGUCAAUUCAAACAAGUAAAAAAAUCAAGAAGCGAAAGAGCAGUAAUAUUAGAGGUGCUAAAACUCAGGUCAGUAAAAAAUAGAUUACUGAAAAAUGCAAAACUUAGAGAAGAACAGACAAUUUAGUAGCGCAACACUAAUCUAUUUAAAAUGACCAACAAGAAUUAGUUUAGGUUCCAUCAAUCGGAGCCAUCAUUCACCAAGAGGCUAUUUUGAAUGAAGCUAGUAAUUAUUAAUUAUAUUAACUUUCUAGCACUCUAAUUAUAAAAUUAAUAUUAUAUGUACAACUUAAUUGGAUAUUUGAAGGGAACAAUGAAAGAUCCUUUUAUGGCAUAAAUGUACUUAAACCAUUUCUCUCAAUUAUUUGACAAUCUGUAAAAAUCAAAAUUAAUUGUAUGCCCGACAGAAUAUACUUUGUCCGGCUAAAUUUAAGCUUAAAAAAGUAUUAAAGUUUAAUUAAAUCAAGAAAUUAAGAAGACUUUGAUUAUCGAUUUAGAUGAAACUCUAGUUCAUUGUAAUGAGUUUAGUUGUUUGAAGAGUGAUUUUUUCAUUCCAGUAAUAUUUAAUGAGCAAAUCUAUUAAGUAUGGAUAAUUUGUAAUUUAGGUUGGUAUAAGCAUAAGGCCUUAUGCAUAAUAAUUCUUAAGGAAUAUGGCAAAGGAUUACGAAAUUAUAGUUUUUACAGCUUCAAAUCCAGAUUAUGCGAACAAGAUUAUUGACUAUUUAGAUCCACAACAUAAUCUUGUAUCCUAUAGAUUGUUUCGUGAUGAUUGUAUUCAAAUAUCAAAUAGUUGCCAUAUCAAAGACUUAAGAAUCCUGAACAGAAACAUGAAAGAUAUUGUGUUGGUGGACAACUCAGCAUACUCAUUUGCUUUUUAAGUUGAAAAUGGAAUACCAAUCAUUCCCUACCUAGAUGAUAAGAAUGACAAAGUAUAAAUAAGCUUUAUUCUUCAAUAGGAAUUACUACAUUUAUAACAUUAUCUCCAGUAUUUAAAUCAAUUUGAUGAUGUUCGUAGUUAAAACAAUAAGAUAUUUAAUUUGAAAACAGUUCAAAAUUGUGUUUCAAUUGUCGAGGCUAUCAAAGGGUUAUCAGCCUCAUUCUCUUAGUGA